AUGGCAGAGAAUCCUGGCCGUGAGGUGCGCAUGUUAGGCAGAGAGGGCAAAGUACCCACGGCAGGAGCGGGCCUUGAUGUGUCAUCCGUCGAAGAGAUCUCUCAAAGGGAGCAAGCAGAAGCCAUUGCGCGGUUACUGCCCAAGCGGCGUCAGCAAGGCGGUCGGCUGCUAAAGAGAAGACCAGACACAAGCGGUGCCUCCAAUACAGGAGGUUCGGGACAGUAUCCAGUGUUAACCCGCGUACAACAUGAUGCUGCGGCCGGGCCAGCGGACGCUUCGCUGAGCAGACAGAGUCUGCAGCCAAGGGUGGUGGGUGAUUCAUCUCGGGUAGCAGUUGCCGAGCCUGUGCUGUUUUAUCGGCACGUUUUGCCCAAGGAGAGUCGACGAGGAGCGGAAGAGUUUGCCGUAAAAGAAAGGUUGUCCAACGAGCAGACGUGGUAUGCGCCAAUACCGCACGAGAGAAAGGUGUCGACCGUGCAAGGCUUCUAUAGAGCGUUCCACGAUGCGAACGCGUUACCAAUUUGGACUUGCACGUUGUGCUACCGCAAGCGCACAAAAAGUUUGCCACUAGGUACAGCCAUCCCGAGCAGCCAGAGGCAGACCGCAAAGUACCCGAAGCAUAUCAAGCGCCACAUUACGGUGUUUCCGAAUAACGUGCAGGAGCUGGCCACGAAAGUACUUCCUUAUCCGCUUAUGCAAGUCAUAGAAGAGAUCCAUAUCUCGUGGCAGGGUGCGGAGAAGCCAGCACCGAGCGACUUGUCAGGCCUAUUGUCAGUGAGGCGACGAGUCGUUGAGAGGGCUCUUGUGUGGCUUAGGAAGUAUAAUCCGCAUUAUGCCGAGAUCGAGAUUAAUAGGGCUGAGAUGGAGAGCUGGGGUGCGCCGCCGCAUGGGGUGCCAUCGGCGAUGUAUGAUUGCAUGGAGCGGAACCAGCCAACGGCAUGGGAGAAGACGCGAACAGCACCGGUAGAAAGCUCCUGA